AAAUUUUUUAAUAAAUAAAAUGAAAACAAGUGCAAUGGAAAAAGAAACAGCGAUAAUUGUGUACAGCCAAUCACACCGACACGGCGACACAUUUGCCAACACGUAUAUAAACGCAUAACCGAUACGACAUCGUUUUAAACUCAAAUUAAGUCAACAAAACUAAAACACGACAAGAAAGGGUUUCACUGUGUUCGAUAAUAAUGUCGACAGGAGAAGCGAUACCAAGAGUCGCCGUCGUCGUUUUCAUUCUCAACGGAAACUCAAUCUUAUUAGGUCGCCGCCGUUCCUCAAUCGGCAACUCCACUUUCGCUCUUCCCGGUGGCCACCUCGAAUUCGGAGAGAGCUUUGAAGAAUGUGCAGCGAGAGAAGUAAUGGAGGAAACAGGUCUAAAGAUUGAAAAGAUGAAGCUUUUGACUGUUACAAACAAUGUCUUCAAAGAAGCACCAACGCCAUCACACUACGUCUCUGUUUCGAUACGUGCGGUGUUGGUGGAUCCAAGUCAAGAACCGAAGAAUAUGGAACCAGAGAAGUGUGAAGGAUGGGAUUGGUAUGAUUGGGAGAAUCUACCAAAGCCUUUGUUUUGGCCACUUGAGAAAUUGUUUGGAAGUGGUUUCAAUCCUUUCACUCAUGGUGGUGGAGACUAAUAGAUGUAAGAGUUAAUGAUUGAUUUGGGAUUGAAUGUUGCAAAUUGGGCAUUUGGUCUAGUGGUAUGAUUCUCGCUUAGGGUGCGAGAGGUCCCGAGUUCAAUUCUCGGAAUGCCCCUCUCUUUUACUCUUUUUUAUUGUAUUUUUGGUUUCUGUUUUCCUAAUUAGUAAUAAACUUAUCAUGUGUCCUAUCGAUUUUAUUUCUC